CUGAACAGGAGGUACUGGAUCUCAUCGCAUGUUGGGGAGAUGAAUCUGUUAUGGCACAACUACGUUCCAAAAAAAGAAACGCAAAUACGUACGCUAAAGUCUUCAGAGCCAUGAUGGAAAGAGGCAACUCCAGGGACACAGAGCAGUGUCGUACAAAAAUCAAGGAGCUCAAGCAAACGUACCAAAAAGCCAGGGAGGCAAACAGGCACUCUGGGUCACAGCUCCAAACAUGCCGUUUCUACUGUGAGCUGCAUGCAGUUAUGAGGGGUGACGCCACCACUACCCCACCACUGUCCAUGGACACCUGCAAGGGGGGAGUUGCAUGGAGCGAGGAGGAUGUUAUUGGAGGAUGAAGAGGAGGAGGAGGACAGUGAAUAUGCGGCAAGUGGGGAAUCCAUUUUCUCCCCUAGCCAGGAACUAUUCUUAACACUGGACCCAAUAGCCUCCCCCCACUCCCAAUGCGGGCUCCCGGACCAUGACCCUGGGGAAGGCACUUCUGGUGCAAAUGUUUCAACGCGGCCCCUAUCUGCUCCGUCCCAGAGGCUGGUCCAGAUUAGAAGGCGGAAAAAACAAACUCGGGACGACAUGUUUGCCGAGCUCAUGCAGUCCUCCUGCACUGAUAGGGACCAGCUGAAUGCAUGGAGGCAAACAAUUGCAGAGUCCUGUAAAGUGUUAAAUGAACACGAAGAGAGGAGGGACGCACGCGAUGAGAGCAGGCAGGAUGCUAUGGUCAAGCUAAUGGGGGAGCAAACUGACAUGCUCUGUUGUAUGGUGGCUCUAAUGCAGGAAAGGCAGCAAGACCACAGGCUGCCACUGCAGCCCCUGUAUAACUGCCCUCCCUCAUCUCCAAGUUCCAUAGCCUCCUCACCCAGACGCCCAAGAACCGGGGGGGGGAGGAGGGGAGAGAAGCUACGGGGACCCACACACUCAACCUCAUAGGAUUGCACAAGCAGCAGAAAGCUGGAAUAUCCGAAAUUUUGAUUUGUUUUCUGGACUUGUCUUUAUGUCCUCCUCCACCCCCCUCCCCCGGGCUACCUUCUGAUUUCUCUCAAUGUGUUGUGCAACAAAUAAUAAAGAACGCUUUUUAAACAA